GGCAGCAGUGUCCGGAGCGGAGCGCUGCUUGGUGGAUGAUCCGGAUGUUGAUUGUCGGUGUGUGGAUCCGGGCAGACCACGCUGCCGCUGCUGGGAUGGACGCCUUCGACUUGUUUCGGAAACUCGGAGCUGGAGCUAAAUUUGACCUGAAGCGGUUCGGUGAGGACGCGGCUCGGUUUAAGGUUGUCAGGUCUCAGGGAGGGGACGUGUCCUCAGAUCGUCUCUCUGCGAUCGAUUUCUUUGGCGCAGGACCAACCAAUGGAGCCCAGAGGAGCACAGAGCAGGAUGAUGGAGAGGAGGAGGAGGUGGGAAGUGAAAAUGAAGAAUCUGGGGUAGGAGGUAAAAGGAAGCAGAGGGAUGAGGAGAGGAACGUGAAGAAGAAGAAGAAAAAGAGGAAAAGCAUCCAAGAGGAGGCUGCAGCUGCUGGCACUCCACUCAAAGACACAGAGGGAGUCGGCAUCACCUGGAUGUCGUCGCUGGACAGAAAGAUCCAAAACCUGCCGAGCGACGGGAAGGAGAAGUCCUCCCUGAAGAGGCUGAAGCAUCUUCAUCAAGAGAAGGUGAAUCGUAUUCGCUCUCAGCACCGCAUAAACGUGCACGGCUGCGACGUGCCCGACCCCGUGUGCACGUUUGAGGAGCUGCAGUCCGAGUAUCGCCUCAGCCCGCGCGUCCUCCAGAACAUCAGAGACGCCGGGCUGAGCUCCCCGACGCCAGUACAGAUGCAGGCCAUCCCGCUCAUGAUGCACGGUCGGGAAGUGCUGGCCUGUGCUCCAACGGGAUCGGGAAAGACUCUGGCUUUCUGUCUCCCGCUGCUCGCUCACCUGCAGCAGCCGGCCAACCGUGGCUUCAGAGCUGUGAUCAUUUCCCCGACCAGAGAGCUGGCCAGCCAGACCUACAGAGAGCUGCUCCGCCUGUCAGAGGGUGUAGGAUUCAGAGUUCACAUCAUAGACAAAGCCUCUCUGGCAGCCAAGAAAUACGGACCACAGUCGAACAAAAAAUACGAUAUCCUCGUCAGCACUCCAAACAGACUCAUCUUCCUCCUCAAGCAGGAUCCUCCCGCUCUCGACCUCAGCAGUGUGGAGUGGCUGGUUGUCGACGAGUCUGAUAAGCUGUUCGAGGGUGGUAAGACGGGCUUCAGGGAGCAGCUCGCCACAGUUUUUCUGGCCUGUUCCGGUCCAAAGGUGCGCAGGGCUUUCUUCAGUGCCACCUGCACGUCCGAAGUGGAGCAGUGGUGCCGCCUGAACCUCGACAACCUGGUUUCUGUCAACAUUGGACACAGAAAUACAGCAGUUGAGACGGUGGAACAGGAGCUGCUGUUUGUCGGGACGGAGAACGGCAAACUGGUGGCCAUGAGGGAUAUCAUCAAGAAAGGUUUCCUGCCUCCCAUGCUGGUGUUCGUGCAGUCUGUAGAGCGAGCGCGGGAGCUCUUCCACGAGUUGGUGUACGAAGGCAUAAACGUAGACGUGAUCCACGCAGAGCGCACACAGCAGCAGAGGGACAACGUGGUGAGCAGUUUUCGAUCAGGGAAGAUUUGGGUACUGAUCUGCACGGCUCUGCUCGCCAGAGGAAUCGACUUCAAAGGAGUCAACCUGGUGCUGAACUACGACUUCCCCACCAGCUCCGUGGAGUACAUCCACCGCAUCGGCCGGACUGGUCGAGCUGGACAUCAGGGCAAAGCCAUCACCUUCUUCACAGAGAACGACAAACCACUGCUGCGCAGCAUUGCCAAUGUCAUAAAACAAGCUGGCUGUCCUGUUCCUGACUACAUGAUCGGCUUCAAGAAGAUCCACAGCAAAGUGAAGCGGAGACUCGAGAAGAAACCUCCCAGCAGAAGCACCAUUUGCACGACUCCCCGCUUCUUAAUGAAGAAGAAAGGAAAAGGAGCAAACAAAGGACAGAAAGCAGAGAAGCAGGCAGCAGGUGGAGAGCAGAAAAGCGAAGGUGAAUCUCAAACGGCGGCACAGCAGCAAAAAGGAGGAGGAAGGAAAACAAAAGGACAGAGACUGAAGAAAAGAACAGAAACACAGAAAGAAGCGGGACCAGAAAAACAAAAGAGGGCACCUCAGAAGAAAGGAGCAAAUUCCUCUGGAGUCAAGUUAAAAAAGAAAAAGGGGAAGAAAAACUCAACACAAGAGGAAUAGAGAGGAGCAGUAUGAGCAGGCUGACCGACUGGAAGACGGAUACAUCCUGCUGUCUGAUCGCUCAUUUUCACAUUUGUACUUUGAAUUAUCUCAGUAAGAAAUAAAUAGUUUAUAUGUGUUA